AUGGAUGCUGAACCCGAUCGGCGUCGUACAAAACUUUCGCAGUCAGGCGCCUACAGUACUGCGGGGCUGCAGCCGCUCGACAAAUGCGGGGGCGGGCGCCGGCUGCCGGCGACACGCAGCCAUCUGCAGUCCAAGCCGGUCGGACCGCCAAGUGGUGCAGCGCAUCAACACUCGCACAAGGAGACAGGCCUCGCCUUGGCGCUGGAUGAUCUUUUGGUUCAUUUGUCUCUGGCUGGUGCCCAGGUGGGCAUCAACGCGUGCACAACAGUGGGUCUCGGCUUUGGGCGCCUGGCAUCACGCGACCGUCUUGCAUCCCACGCCGGCUUGAACCAGCGUGUAGCUCCAAUCGCCAUCCUGGUACUGAUCGUUGCUUCCGUCUAUCUGGUCUACCGUCAUCUUCGCCCCUUGGCAUCCUCCUCUGGCUCCUCCCCUUGGCUUCGUAUCACCACGGACAACAUGCGUCCCAUCACCAGAUCCGCAAGAAUGAACGUCAGCCCUGACAUGCCCGAGUGCUGGGGCCACCGUGGUGCCUCUGCCACCUUCCCAGAGAACACCAUCGCCAGCUUCGAGAAGGCCAUACUCGACGGCUCCGAGGGUCUCGAGACCGACGUGCACAUCACCACCGACAAUGUCAUCGUCAUGUUCCAUGACCCUACGCUCGAAAGGACCACCAACGGCAAGGGCCUCAUCUACGAGCGUCCAUACUAUGGCGAGGACGGUAUCGAGCAGCUCCGCACGCUCAAGCAGCCCGCACAGCAGAUCCCCACCUUCCAGCAGGUGUGCGAUCUGCUCAUGCGCCCCGACUGCAAGCACGUCAAGCUCAACCUCGACAUCAAGCCCGACAACAACCCGGACCGCCUCUUCCCCCUCAUGCGCUCCGUCAUCGAGUCCUACCCCAACUUUGACACCGACCUCGCGCCACGCCUCAUCCUUGGCCUCUGGCAUCCCAAGUUCCUCGAGUCGGCACUCCAGAACGUGCCCUCGAUGAAGCGCAUCCACAUUGGCGCAUCGCCCCGCGCUGCUCGCCGCUACUUUUGGAACGACUGCACCGGCUUCUCCAUGUACUUUGCCUGCCUCGUUGGCGCUGAAGGCCAGGCCUUUAUUGCCGACGCACAAAAGGCGGGCAAGGAUAUCUACGUCUGGACCGUCAACCGCAAGGAUGAGAUGAUCGAGGCCACGCGCUGGGGCGUCAAGGCUGUCUUAACAGACAAGACCGCCCUCUUCCAGGACGUGCGCAAGGACAUGACCCAAGACUUUGCCUCGACUCGCCAGCUCGAGGUGGGCAUGUUCUUCCGCUGGGCUACGUGGAGAUACUACACUCUUCCUCAGAUCGUCAUGCAAAACAUCUGGCUCGCCAACAUCGAGAAGCGCGCCGGCUCGCCCUUCCGCAAAGUGGUCAAGGGCGGCGCCGCCGCCGCCGCCACCUCCACUCUCCCGGUCACAGCCGAGAAGACUCCCACCCCGGCCGUUGCCGCCGCACCGCAGCCCUCGAUCGCCGUCAACGCCGCUGCAUGA